UAAAGAAAGGGUUUUAAAUGGAGUCACAAAAGCACUGCGUGUUCCCUCUGCAACCCCAACAGUCACUAAACCCUAAACACAAGCACCUGGAGUUUGCUCAAACUUAAACCCUCAAAGGUUGGUAGAAAAGAGAACGAUGGAGAAGAUGAAGAUAGAAGAGGUACAAUCAACUGCCAAAAAGCAGAGAGUCGCCACUCACACUCAUAUCAAAGGCCUUGGCCUUGAGCCCAAUGGAAAAGCAAUACCGUUAUCUGCUGGCUUUGUGGGUCAGAUAGAGGCAAGAGAAGCAGCUGGUCUUGUAGUUGAUAUGAUAAGGCAAAAGAAGAUGGCUGGUCGUGCUCUUUUACUGGCCGGGCCUCCUGGUACUGGGAAGACAGCUUUGGCCCUCGGAAUAUCCCAGGAACUUGGAAGCAAGGUUCCAUUCUGUCCAAUGGUUGGUUCAGAAGUAUACUCAUCAGAAGUGAAGAAAACUGAAGUUUUAAUGGAAAACUUUCGAAGGGCAAUUGGUCUUCGUAUCAAGGAAAAUAAAGAGGUCUAUGAAGGAGAGGUCACUGAGCUUUCACCAGAAGAAACUGAAAGUAUUACAGGUGGCUAUGGUAAAAGCAUUAGUCAUGUAAUUAUUGGACUAAAAACUGUCAAAGGAACCAAGCAACUAAAGUUGGACCCAACUAUUUAUGAUGCCUUAAUCAAGGAGAAGGUAGCUGUUGGAGAUGUUAUAUACAUCGAAGCGAAUAGUGGAGCUGUCAAAAGGGUGGGUAGAAGUGAUGCUUUUGCUACAGAAUUUGAUCUUGAAGCAGAAGAAUAUGUCCCACUUCCUAAGGGAGAGGUUCACAAAAAGAAAGAGAUAGUUCAGGAUGUAACACUACAUGACCUAGAUGCUGCAAAUGCAAGACCUCAAGGUGGGCAAGAUAUUUUGUCAUUAAUGGGUCAAAUGAUGAAGCCCAGAAAAACAGAAAUUACUGACAAGCUGCGACAGGAAAUUAAUAAGGUUGUUAAUCGAUAUAUAGAUGAAGGCGUUGCAGAACUUGUCCCUGGUGUUCUAUUCAUUGAUGAGGUACAUAUGCUGGACAUGGAGUGCUUUUCAUAUUUGAAUCGUGCUUUGGAGAGCUCAUUGUCUCCAAUAGUAAUAUUUGCUACAAAUAGGGGAAUAUGUAAUGUAAGAGGGACGGUUAUGAACAGUCCUCAUGGCAUUCCAGUUGACUUGUUGGACCGGUUGGUGAUCAUACGAACACAAAUAUAUGGUCCUGCUGAAAUGAUACAGAUUUUAGCAAUUCGUGCACAGGUAGAGGAACUGAUUGUAGAUGAAGAAAGUUUGGCAUUUCUUGGAGAGAUGGGCCAACGCUCAUCCUUGAGGCAUGCAGUUCAGCUGUUAUCACCUGCCAGCAUUGUGGCAAAAAUGAAUGGCCGAGACAACAUUUGCAAGGCGGAUCUUGAGGAAGUGAGUGCAUUGUAUUUGGAUGCCAAGUCUUCAGCAAAAGUUCUUCAAGAACAGCAGGAAAAGUAUAUUUCAUGAUAGCAUUAUACCUGAAUGUUUGAGGAGUAGCAAAUCUGUGCUUUGACCGAGAUGCUUUGCCGCAUAGAGCAUGCUGAAAUUGGUAGGGUUUUGGUGUACUAAUCGGGUUGAUGAAGGCAGAGAUGAGUUGAACUGUAAGCAGAUGCAGGAAGAGAUGGAUGAUGGGUGAAUGAUAAAGAAUUCCAUGUGCCUUUGAAUCCAGCCUAGUUUUUAGGAUUAGAAAGCUCGUUCCAGUGAAUGUAAUGGUGUGGAUAAAAUGUAAGUUGAAGAAACUGAAAUAGAUUUGUCUAAGGAAUCUCUUUAAUUAUUCCAGGUCGAAGAUUAUAUACAAUUUUUGUAUUUAUGGAUGGGCAUAUGGUCCCUUUUAGAUUAUGAAGUAAGCAUUAAUUAAA